UUUGCAUGAUAAAAAAACGCUUAGUAUAUAAAAUAAAAAUCACUCUUAUAUUUUUCAUUAACAAUCAAUCAUGAGGAAAUUUGUAUUUUUACUUUCUGCUCUCGCCUUAUACAGCACGGUCAGUGCUUCAUUCACUGACGAUGUGGAUAUAUUCCAAAAUGAUGAACCUUAUGAAGAGAAUGAAAAUUUAAUUGAAGAAUUCGAAAAUAUCGAAAUUGCUCAACUUUUCAAAAAAGCUAAUGAAUCGAUAACAAAAGCAAGAGACGAAGUUUUGUCAUUGACAAAAAAUUACAAAGAAACUGGAAUUAAAGUAAAAAAUUCCACUAGAAAGUAUCACGAUGACGAUAUGAAAUUUGUGAUCCAGCAAACAAAUGCCUGGAAGACCAUUGCACCAGGAGUCGAUCUUCGAGAAUGUGAUAAAUACAUAAGAAAUUAUGAAUCUGAAGUUGCGGUGGCAAUUCAAAAAGUUUACGACUGCGUCGAUUCGACUCAAAAUUCUGUUAAUAAUUUUAUUGAAAGUAUUAAUAAAAAUGUUAAUUUUAUAAACGACAAUUUAGAAUUGGCUCUUCAAAGUACAAAAUCAUGUGCUCAAAAUAAAGAAUGCGAGGCAAAGAUUCAAAAGCAAGCGUCCACAGUUCUUGCCGAUACAGUCAGUGAGAUGAAAUCAAAAAUUUUCAAAUUCAAAAUCACUUCACUAUAUUAUCGAGCAAAAUUAUCAUUCUGUCCAGCAAUUGAUGAUUUCAAAUUGUGGCUACAAACGCCAGGUUAUUGUGUUCAUAAAUUUAAAUUAUGUGUUCGCGCAAAGAAGCGAGAAGCCAAACUGUAAGGAAUUGUGGAAAAAAAAUUCAUAACGCCAUACUUGGUGUCAUAUGAGAAAAAAAAAUAAAAAUAGUUCUGCUUAGACAAAUUGUAUUGUUAGUAAAUAAAGUCGCUUUUAUUGAAAAAUUAA